AGUGAGGAGGGGGAGCCGCAGUGUUAAGUGCUUCAGAGUGAGAGAGCGAAGAGGGAAAAGAGUCAGCAUGGCACAGAAAAACAACUUUCAGUACUCCAUCAGGAAGUACACGCCUGCAGAUGAACAAGCAGUCAUCUCCCUCUUUCGCACUGGGAUUCUUGAACACGUAUAUCCAGCCUUCUUCAAGGCUUUGAGCCACCCAGACCACAUUGGCAUUGCCCUGAGUAUUUCCAUGGCCGGCUACGUGCUGGGAGGCAGCUCCUACUUCCAAGCUCUACUUUUUGGUGGUGCGUGGGCCGGCCUCAUUUAUUACUGCUGCCAUGAGAUCUAUGAGGGCUACAUGUUGAGGAGGCUGAGCACAGACAUGGCUAACAUUCAAACCAGCUACCUGGAUAACCCAGACAACAGUUUCUGGGUGGCAGAGGCAAACAUCAAUGGCCAGUCCAAGGUGGUCGGGAUGAUGGCGGUGAUGGGGAAAAGGGGGGAGAGCAUCGAGGCUGUGAGGUGCGAUGAGUGGAACGGAAGAGUGGUGGGAGGGUUGUCUGAGAUCGCCCAAGAUGCUGGAGAUGGAAGUUACGGCGAGUUGCCCCAUAUGGUUGUGUCAUUUCAAGGCCGCCGCAAAGGCCUUGGCUCCCAGCUGAUCCAGAAAGCCUUGGAUUUCUGCAAGGAGCGCGGCUACAGCCGCCUGGUUCUGGACGUCAGCUCACCACAGAUGGCAGCCAUCUCCCUGUACCAAAAGUUAGGCUUUGUUCAAACUGGCUGCCACAGCAAGACACACACCAAUCGCUGGUUCUCCAAGCUGGCUCGAAUAAGCGUUAUGCGAAUGGAAAAGUUCAUUUAAUGUAAACUGGACUGUAACCUCUCCGCUGAGACAGCUCUAACAGCACAUUAAGCACAUUUCACAGUUAAUUCAAACAGUUUUUGGUCAUUUUAUGCAAAAAAAUAUUCAGUUGCAUGGUAACUGGUCACUCAUGUCUCAAGCUCACCAUUACAGCACAGAUCUCACUAUCUUUAUGUUUCCUCUUGCCUUGAUGUACAAUAUGCACACCUGCAGUUCAAUGCCAACAACAUUCCAUCUGUUUGUCAAAUUAAUUUAUGAGAUAUGUAUGGAUGUACACCUGCGAAAAAAAAUCUUAGUCGGAUACUUUGUGAACUAUAUCGCUGGGCAUUAAAUGGAAUAAACAAUAUUCGCACCCAA